AUGCUCAUCGAUUUCGUCCCCACCGUCAACGGCGUCUCUCUCGCCGAAGCGCCUGCGUUCAUGAAGGCUCCUGGCGGCGCGCCUGCCAACGUGGCGGUCGGCAUUGCGCGGCUCGGUGGACGCGCGGCGUUCAUCGGGAAGGUCGGAGAGGACGAAUUCGGACACAUGCUGGGCGGGAUCCUUCAAACGAACGGCGUUGACACAUCAGCGCUCCGAUUCGACGCAGGAGCGCGCACAGCACUCGCUUUUGUCACGCUCAGAUCUGACGGCGAGAGGGAAUUCAUGUUCUACAGGAACCCUAGCGCGGACAUGCUGCUACAGCCGGAGGAGCUUGAUCUUCCCCUCGCUACAAGCGCAUCUGUGCUACACUACGGAUCCAUCAGUUUAAUCACAGAUCCAUGCAAAUCCGCGCAUCUGGCGUUGCUAGAUGCUGUGGAAGCUAGCAGCAACGCUGUUCUCUCUUACGACCCUAAUCUCCGAAUUCCCCUCUGGCCGUCCCAAGAAGCGGCGCGGGAUGGCAUCUUAAGCAUCUGGGACCGCGCACACAUCAUCAAAGUGAGCGACGAAGAGGUGGCGUUCCUGACCAAUGGCGGCGACCCUUACAGCGAUGAUGUGGCACGGUCUCUGUUCAACCUCAGCCACAAAAACAGCAGCAGCGGCGAUGGUAAAGAAAAGGGGAAGCUUCGGCUCUUGCUGGUAACUGAAGGGGAGAAGGGAUGCAGGUACUACACUGAGCGGUACCAGGGGAGAGUGGACGGGUUUAGUGUUGCUGCUAUAGACACCACUGGUGCUGGUGACGCCUUUGUUGCAGGGUUUCUCCGCAAGCUAGCAGCAGGAGGCAGCAGCGAAGGCAGCGGUGGGGACGGUGGGACCACGGCAUUGCAUGGCUUGGCUGCCUUGGAUUCGCUGCUUGCUGAUGAAGCGAGGCUGAAGGAAACGCUGCUGUUUGCGAAUGCGUGUGGAGCCAUCACCACCACGGUUAGAGGCGCCAUUCCUGCUCUUCCUGAUGAAACUAGGACUCAACUCACGGAGCAGAAUAUUCUCAUUGGAGUGCGACAGUGCCGCAUCCAGAACUUGGAGGCUGAUUCUGUUAAGCUUCAGGCCUUGAUUGAGCAGCUGACCAGGGAGGUACAGUUGAUCCCUAAGGAAAACGACACCUCCAGUUUCAUUCAGGACCUGCAGACCACUCUCCAGUUCGUGCAGGAUCAGCUCAAGAAGCAAGAGAAAAACAUCUCUGUGCUUCAGGCUCAGUACAGGGAGAUCCGGCGUGGCAACCUCUAUCAGCCUGCUCCUGCAGCAGAGCGAGUCGCCAAUGCCGCUAACAGCCAUGCUGCACUUGCUGCUGCACCUCCUGUUGUUCCUCCUCCUUCUGGAGCACGUGCUGAGCCUCCUGCUGCAGCUGCAAAUGCUUUUGGCUCCUGCCCUUCGGCCCUGCCUCGUUUUGUCCAUGGCAAAACUGACGUUGAGACUUGGCUCUCCAUGGCGGAGGACUUUAUGUCCAUCCACAAUGUGCGUAGCGAGGCUCGCGUGGUCGCUGCGACCCUUGCCCUGGACGACACUGCGAGCAAGUUGGUGUAUGCCAACAAACGCCACGCAGAGGCUAAUGGCCAUCCUUUUGGCUGGGAGGAGUUCAAAGCUGCCAUGCUGGCGGCAUUCCUGAGUCAGCCCCCGGCGCUCGAGGUGCGUAGCCGCCUGGAGAACAUCCAGUGCGGUGACCAGCCUGUACGCGAGUACGCCAAGGAGUUUGAGAAAACUCUGUCGCUGCUGAAGACUGCUCUUCCUGAGAGCGAGGUCAUCCACCAGUUCUUCAAGGGACUCCCUGAGCACAUCAAGCGUGUGCAUAUUGUGCGCGGGGAGCACCAGUGGAGGACCUACAAGGAGUGCAAGGAGCAGGUCAUUGACACGGAUGUGAAUUUCCGUGCGUACAUGACUCACGCUCGUGCUCAGCAGCAGCCUAGUGCCGAAGGCCCUGGGGGGGGUGGUAGCAGGACUCAGGCACACAGGGGCGGUGGCUCUUGGAAGAGGCCCUAUCAGCAGAAGGGGGAAUCCUCUGGGACUCAGUCCAAGAGGGCCCAUGCUGGGCCUGCCAAGGAUCCUCAGGAUGAGGAUAAGCCCCCGGCGGGCUGCCGCAUCUGUGGCAAGCUCGGCCACAAGUCCUAUCACUGCCGUUGGAGGAAGUCUGUCAAGAACUCCGGCAAGCCCAACCAGGGCAAGAAGCCGGAUGGUUCUGGCCCUUCGGGCCCGAAGGAUUUUCCGAAGUCCAACUAG